AUGGUCGGCAAAGACUGCGUAGCCAUCGCCUGCGACCUGCGCCUCGGUCUCCAGGCCUUGACAGUCUCCAACAACUUCCCCAAGAUCUUCCAGUACGGCGACGUCUUCCUUGGCUUGACCGGUCUGGCGACGGACGUGUCGACCGUGUCGGACCUGUUCCGGUACAAGGUGAACAUGUACAGACUUCGGGAGGAGCGCAACAUUGCCCCCAAGACCUUCGCCAACCUCGUCUCCAGCAGCCUGUACGAGCGCCGCUUUGGGCCCUAUUUCGUCAGCCCCGUCGUUGCGGGCUUGGAUCCCAAGACGAGCGAGCCGUUCAUUUGCGGCUUUGACAGCAUCGGAUGCAUCGAUUUCGCGAAGGAUUUCAUUGUGAGCGGGACGGCGACGGAGCAGUUGUUUGGCAUGUGCGAGAGCUUGUGGGAGCCGAAUCUGGGACCCGAGGACCUUUUCGAGACCAUAUCACAGGCUCUCCUCAACGCCGUUGAUAGAGAUGCCUUGUCAGGCUGGGGCGCCCACGUUUACAUUAUCGAGAAGGACAAGGUCACCAAGAGGCUAUUGAAGGGACGACAGGAUUAA